GCCCCGCAGUCUUUGCUACCACUGUUUUCUCUCCUUCCUCCUCCUACAUUCUCCUCCUCCUCGUCCACCUCCUCCCGCUGCCUAUGUCUAUCUGUCCAGUCUGGGAAUGUUGACCAACGUGGCCUGAUCGAGCGCUGUAGAGUGUCCCCUUCAUUAUCACCCGGCCUGGACGUUUUUGUCCCACGAGGAUAGGAGCCGUCCUGAUCUGGCUUUAAGGUUCUUCUCUGUACACUGUUUUGUCCAGCCUUAAAAGUAACUGUAGAGAGGUCUCAGAAAUCAUGGCUGUGGCCGGAUGUCCGGAUUACUUCCUGCAUCAUCCAAAUUAUCAGCAGGACAACAUUGACCGCUCCUCCAAUCACCGACAGACUGACCUCAUUCCUGCAGGCUUCCAGCAAUCAACCAAUCAGAGUUCUCCAAACCAUCAAGACGAUGACGUGGACUUAGAGGCCCUGGUGAAUGAAAUGAACUCGUCUCUGGAGAGCCUUUACUCCACCUGCAGCGGUCAGCAUACAGAGAUAACCCCACUACUGCACAAUGGACAGAACACUUGUUCACAACAUCACCACCACCAUCAACAUCAUCACAUGCAGCACAACCAACCACGGCAUCACCACUCCUCUCAGGUGUUGAACCAUGCCUCUCCAGAGUCUCCAUCCUCUGCCUCUUCAAAUGUGGACCCCCCUCAGACUAAGCUUAGACGCUCACAGCCCAUGCACAUUCUUGCUGUCAGGAAGUUGCAGGAGGAGGAGCAGCAGUUCAGGACGUCGUCUCUCCCAGCCAUUCCCAACCCCUUCCCUGAGCUCUGCAGCCUGGCGAGCUCCCCGGUCCUCAGUCCUGGGUCACUACCUCCUGGAGAACCUACUUCAGGCAACCAUAUUGUGAAGAUUUUCAGCGAGGACGGGAUCAGCAAAGUUGUGGAGAUUCCAGCCGACAUGACAGCUAGGGAUCUGUGCCAGCUUCUGGUUUAUAAAAGCCACUGUGUGGAUGACAACAGUUGGGCACUUGUUGAACACCACCCACUGCUAGGACUAGAACGUUGUCUAGAAGACCAUGAAUUGGUGGUUCAGGUUCAAGCCUCCAUGAGCAGCGACAGUAGAUUCCUCUUCAGGAAGAACUAUGCCAAAUAUGAAUUCUUCAGAAACCCUCUGACAUUUUUCCCAGAGCACAUGGUUGCGUGGUGCCAGGAAAGCAAUCAUACAAUUCCACCAUCUCAACUCCUUCAGAACUUCCUUUCACCCAGCACCUGCCCAGAAAUCCAGGGUUAUUUGUACAUGAAAGAGGUGGGCAGGAAGUCGUGGAAGAAGGUUUACAUGUUCCUGCGCCGCUCAGGACUCUACUGCUCUACGAAAGGGACCUCAAAGGAGCCCAGGCAUUUACAGUUACUAGCAGACCUGGAGGAAAGCAGUAUAUUCACUGUCAUCACAGGCAAAAAGCAGCAUGGUGCACCCACAGACUACACCUUCUGUAUCAAACCCAAUAAAGCCAGAGGGGAAAUGAAGGAGCUGAGGAUGCUGUGUGCAGAGGACGAGCAAAGCAGGACCUGUUGGAUGACUGCUUUCCGUAUCUUUAAGUAUGGGAUUGUACUGUACCAGAACUACAAGGUACCUCAACAAAGAAAAACGUUGCUUUCACACUUCUCAGCUCCUGUGAGGAGUGUGUCAGAAAACUCCCUCGUGGCAAUGGAUUUCUCAGGGAGGAUAGGCCGGGUGAUUGAUAACCCAGUCGAAGCUCAGAGUGCUGCCAUGGAGGAGGGACAUGUGUGGCGGAAGAGAAAUCGAGUGAAUGCUUUAGGUUCCCACAGUCCCUUGCACCAACCUUCGCUAAGCUCAGUCAUCCACAUAGCUCAGCUGUGGUUUUACGGCAAGAUAACCAGAGAGGAGUCCCAUCGCAUUAUUCACCAGCAGGGACAAGUAGAUGGGUUGUUUCUGCUGAGAGUCAGUCAGAGUAACCCGAAAGCAUUUGUACUCACAUUGUGCCAUCAUCAGAAAAUCAAACAUUUUCAAAUCCUACCGUGUGAAGAGGACGGCCAGGUCUUCCUCAGCCUCGAUGACGGCGUAACCAAAUUCACAGACUUGAUUCAGCUGGUGGAGUUCUACCAGCUCAACAGAGGGGUCCUGCCUUCUAAACUGAAACACCCAUGCACCGUUGUGGCCUUAUGACACCUUCAGACGAUGUGACUGUCUGAAAAUUUACCUGACUCUGCUGAAAAAAACUAUCAAAGCAGAGAGGAUCUCUCUUUUUCUGCUUGGCUGUUGUCUUUUUCUAUUGUGAGUCUGCUGGAGACUGCUGACUGACUGGAUUUUUUCCCCCCACUUUUUUCUUGGAAGUUUUGUAGGGGCUGAUGCACGACUUGUUUUUGGGGUUCCACUUUUAAGAAACAAAAACGCAGAUAAAGGAUAUGAACACUGCCAUUAAGUGUCAUCAGUGUUACGAAAUGCUCCAUGAGAUGCCAACAAUAUUCAUCAGUAAGCUUGGGGGCCUCAAGGUCUUUACUCAGAGCUCAAGAACAGACCUUAUUUCCAUUAAACUGGACAAUCAGCAGGACAGUUAAAGCUAUUGUGUGGACCACUCUGUUUCCUUCCAACAAACUGCAGUGUCAUUCAAGCUAUUGAUGAAACAUUUUAAAAGUAUAAACCACAGAUGAAGACUCUAUUUUCUGUUGGUUUUGAACUCACUCGAGGUGCAUAUGGUCUUUACUGGUGCAUGGCAUCUCUUCUGGUGCAUAACUCAGCUAGACAUCGUGACACCAUUCUAUGUUAUUAAUAUGAAUGGACAUGUCUAAAAUUUACUGUAAAUUAGAUCUGAAUGCACCUGGAGGUCCUGCAUUAAAUUCUUUUCAGUUUGUUAAAUCU